AAACAAUUAAACGCACUUCUUGCACUCAUCCCCAAGAAUCGAUCCCCAUGGCUGCUGCAGUACCCUACAGCUCUAAUUUCUCCGAGCCCAAAGAAAGCGCCCAACAAACCAUUAAAGGCAAAACAUUAUUAGGUCUUGGCAACCUCGUCAGGCUCCUCCCGACAGGCACUGUCUUCACGUAUCAGUUCCUCAGCCCUCUCUUAUCCAACUAUGGCCACUGCCAUACUGUCAGCAAGUACCUCACAGCCAUUCUUGUUGGUUUGAGCGGUUUGUCUUGCUUCUUUUCCACCUUCACUGACAGUUACGUUGGAGAUGACGGGAACACCCACUACGGGAUUGCAACAAAGAAUGGUAUUUGGCCCUCGCAGGAGUCUAAGAACGUGGACUUGUCGGCAUAUAAGCUUCGGCUUGCGGACUUCGUGCAUGCCUUCUUUUCGGUGAUUGUGUUUGGGGUCGUGGUUCUUUUGGAUCAAAAUACUGUGGGGUGCUUCUAUCCAGUGAAAGAUUCCACAGAGAAAACUUUGCUCAUGGUGCUGCCACCAGUUGUUGGGGCGGUUUCCAGUGGGGUUUUCAUGUUAUUUCCUAACAAUCGCCAUGGAAUCGGAUACCCUAAUGAUAAUUCGAGCGAGUCUUCAAAGGAUUCCAAGUGAUCAUCAUCAUCUGGUACUUGUGGUGGUACCGAAGAGGAGAAGUAAAUUACUAGCUAUAGCUUGACGAAAACCUAAAGAAGUUAAUUAGAGUGUGGUUUGAGCUUUCCCUUUGUUUACUCUUAAUUCAUUGCUUUUAUUAAGGUUUGAUAUAUCUAUAUAUAUAUGUUUGCAUGCAUGGGCGUCAAGUUGUACUAUGUAAUAUUAAGUUGUGUGAAGAAGUACUAAUUUGUGUGUGAUUUCUUCCUCAAA